UUGAGAGAGACAGCCUCUUAGAGCUGUGAGGCAGAAGUGAUGGAUUCAGCCCACAGAAAAGUGACAGUCUUCUCCUAACGGGCCACAGGCAGUACACAACCUGCCCUGGACUCCCACCAUUUAUCAGGAAACUACCUCUGCCAUCCAACUAAAGUUACCAGUUGUCUCUUAAAAGUGCUCCAACUUUUUCAAGUGGAUUUUGGAACAAUUUACUCAGUGUUUGCCGGAGAGUUUCUGGCAAGUUAACCUUCUGUUGGGCUAAUGACAGUCUUUUAAUAACAGGCUUUAAAAUACCACCACCCCACACGGCUGGAAUGGACUGAGGUGACAAAGAGUGAGUAACUCUACAAGCAGAGCGCAGAAAAGUGGGAGAGGAGGACGCAGUGGUGCAACUUCCACACUUGGGAUGACUUUCUACCAGGAGAAACUUCAAUCGGCUCUGCCAGGAGGGCAAGGCAACUGAGGGAGCCUCGUCAAUACGCAACAGUUAUCUCGUUUUGGUGAGUUGAACACAUGGAGCCCCCUUCAAUGGUCCUGCUGGGGCUCCUUCUUGUUUAUGGACUAGCCUGUGGUGCCCAGCAAACUCAGGGGAGUCUACCGGGCAGCAGCCACGGCAGGGAAAGGACCCAAGAAUUCGAGAGUAGUGAGGAUUUAGAGAGAGAGUUUUUCUAUGCUGGAAGGAGCAAGCGUGCUCCAGCUGACCCCCAGCAGGACAAAUGCUCCUACACUUUCAUUGUACCUCAGCAAAAAGUGACUGGAGCCAUCUGUGUCAACUCCAAGGAGCCGGAGGCCAUGCUGGAGAAUCGGGUCAACAAACAGGAGUUAGAGCUGCUAAAUGUGGAGCUACAGAAACAGAAGAGGCAGAUUGAGACCCUGCAGCAAUUGGUUGAGGUGGAUGGGGGUAUUGUCAACGAGGUCAAGCUUCUGAGGAAGGAGAGCCGGAACAUGAACUCCAGGGUCACUCAGCUGUACAUGCAGCUGCUCCAUGAGAUCAUCAGGAAGAGAGACAAUGCCCUCGAAUUGGCUCAGAUGGAGAACAAGAUCCUGAACCAAACCUCUGAGAUGCAGCAGCUCACCAGUAGAUACAAAGAUCUUGAGCACAAGUACCAACACUUGGCUUCUUUGGCCACAAACCAGUCAGCUCUUAUCGCCCUGUUGGAGGAGCAGUGUCAGAGUCGCCCUCCCCCUCGUCACGUGCCCAUUCCUCAGCCACGGCCUCAGCCACCUCCGCCAUCGCCACCUCUCAACAAGCCUUACCAGCCACCGGUCCUUCCACGAAUUAACAACCCAAUCAGCAACGAGAUCCAGAGUGACCAAAAAUCUCUACCGCCUCUUCUUCCAACUAUGCCCACGGGCACACACAGCCCCUCCACCACUGACAAGCCCUCUGGGCCGUUUAAGGAUUGCCUGCAGGCUCUGGAAGAUGGCCACACUGCCAGUGGCAUGUAUCUGGUAAAGCCGGAGAAUGCCAACCGGCUAAUGCAGGUGUGGUGUGACCAGAGACAUGACCCAGGUGGCUGGACUGUGAUCCAGAGGAGGGUGGACGGAUCUGUCAACUUUUUCAGGAACUGGGAGACAUACAAGCAAGGUUUUGGCAAUAUUGAUGGCGAGUACUGGCUGGGUCUGGAGAACAUCUACUGGCUGACUAACCAGGGGAACUACAAACUGCUGGUCACACUGGAGGACUGGUCUGGCAGGAAGGUGUUUGCAGAGUACGCCAGCUUCAGAGUGGAGCCCGAGGCCGACUUCUACAAGCUAAGGGUGGGCCGUUACCAUGGCAACGCUGGAGACUCCCUCACAUGGCACAAUGGCAAACAGUUCACAACACUGGACCGAGAUCAUGACGCAUAUACAGGUAAUUGUGCCCACUACCAGAAGGGAGGCUGGUGGUACAACUCUUGUGCCCAUUCAAAUUUGAAUGGAGUUUGGUACAGAGGAGGACACUACCGCAGCCGCUACCAAGAUGGAGUCUACUGGGCUGAGUUCAGAGGAGGAGCCUAUUCACUAAAGAAAGUGGUCAUGAUGAUUCGUCCAAACCCAAACACCUUCCACUAAGCAUCCAAGGAACACAAACUGUGUUGUACUUUUUCUCUCACUAUACAAAAAAACCUUUCCAGCUCCUUAAAUCAAUACAAUCUCGAUUUUUCUUUCGUGUGACACCACACCAAGCCAGACGACCAAGAGACAGAUGACGAUGAAAGUGCAAUAUCGAAACAUCAGGCUCAUAUACUGGUACCUCCUGACAGCUCAAAUAAUUUGUGCACCGUCAUCAAGUUGUUUGUAUAAUUUUCCCUUUUACAUAUGACUCAGUAAAAACGUGCUCAUUGCUCAGGAGUUGUUUUACACUGGCUUUGAUGAAACAUAAGCCUGCUUAGCAGACAGUGCUGUCAUGUGAUCAGUGAGAAAGAAAAAAACAUUGACAUAAGUAUAGAUUACAAAAAUUCAGCUAAGUAGCCUUAAGAAAGAAACCCCACAAUAUAUAUUUAGUGUGUAUGUAAAGUUGCUUUUUGCAGUAACAAGCAAAUGAGGUUGACACAGGAAAUGUAUCCAGUGACUUUUUCAAUUCUAAAUACAUUUUUCAAUUUUGUAAUUUAUAGGAAAAAUAACAUUUAUUGACUUGUAAUACAGGGUUGAUAUUCUGGCCAGUUUUUUUUAUUUUAAUUUUUUUUAUUUACAACAAAAUAUACUGUAAAAAUAGUGCCAUUUUCUAACAUUAAACCCAAACUGUUAAUAGCCAUAACUGAUGUUAUUAACAGUCUGCGUAUGCAACCUUUAAUAGAUCUAAGAACAAAAAUCAACUCACCACCAACGUUUGAGGAGGUACUGUCUCCUCAAACUCCUGCUUUUUUUUCUCCUUAAAAAUACUUGUUUUGAAAUCUUGAAUUGCUUGAACAGGUAUCCACCAAUUUGCUUGUAUGAAUCAAGCACUGUAUUUACUGUAUAAAUUUAGUGGUUUGUUGAUGUCAAUAGAUCCAAUACAUUGCGUUUGUACAUAAAAGAUAUUUGUAAUAUAAUGUAUUAAAACAUGUUAUGUCACUAUUACUUUGCAAUAAAAAUGUACAGCUUG